GAGUUACCGCCGCCCACCGCCCUCCCCCCUGCGUGUGCGCCGCUAGAGAGCGAGAAAGAAGUCGCCCGGUCAUCACCAUGUCCAAGAUUUCGCUCCGUGUCUCCAUCCCCAAGAUGGGGUCCACCAAGACGCUGCAGUUCAGCCUGGACAUCUCCAUCGCCGAGGCCUGCCGCGAGAUCCGCAGCUCCAUCAACGAGGAUCCCUCCAGUGGCGCUGACCACGGUAUCUUCUGGCCCGAGCAGACCAAGUGGCUCGACCCCCGCCGCACGUUCAACUUCUACGAUCUGUCCAGCGGUGCUACCAUCGAGUACCGGAAGAAGCAUCGCCCGCAGAAGGUCCGCCUGGCCGAUGAGUCCGAGAAGACCUGGCUGGUCGAUGACUCGCUCACCAUCGAGCAGCUGACGGCCUUCGCCUGCGAGAAGCUCAACAUCCUCAACCCCGACGAGUACUCCUUCACCACGGAGAAGCUCGAGGCCAAGAGCCGCGAGGCGGCCGUCGAGGCCCGCCGCAAGGGUCUCUCCCCUCCGGGUGAUGCUUGGCUGAUCCCCAGCAAGACCCUCAAGGAGCAGGAUGUCGACGAGUCGGAGGUUCUGAUCUUCCGCAAGAAGUUCUUCUUCUCCGAUCAGAACAUCGACCGCAAUGACCCGGUUCAGCUGAACCUCGUCUACAACCAGGCCCAGCAGUCCAUCAUCCGCGGUGUCAACCCCUGCACCCAGGACGAGGCGGCCCAGUUCGCUGCCCUGCAGUGCCAGAUUCUCACCGGCAACCAUGAGCCCGACAAGCACACCAAGAGCGGCUUCAUCGAGUGGAAGAACUACCUGCCGGACGAGUACGUCGGCAAGAAGGACGUCGAGAAGAAGGUCUACAUGGAGCACCGCAAGAUCCAGGGCAUGACUGCCGAGAAUGCCAAGUUCCGCUACAUUCAGCUGUGCCGCUCCCUCAAGACCUACGGUAUCACCUUCUUCCAUGUCAAGGAGAAGCUCCCCCGCCGCAACAAGCUCAUCGACGUCCUGCUCGGUGUCACCCGUGAUUCGGUGAUGCGCUUCGACGGCGAGACCAAGGCCCUGCGCGACAACUUCCCCCUGACCACCCUGCGUCGCUGGGCCGCCACCCCCACCCACUUCACCAUGGAUUUCGGUGACUACGCCGACAGCUACCUCAUCUUCCAGACCCAGGAGGGUGAUGCCAUUUCGCAGCUGAUUUCCGGUUACAUUGAUAUCAUUGUCAAGAAGAAGAAGAAGGAGGCCGAGCGCCAGUUCGACGAUGAUGAGGCCGAGGUGGCCAUCAGUGACGAGACCAUCCCCGCCAGCAAGGCCACCGCCAUCACCAUGGUCACCGGCCAGCUGGGCCUCCAGGUGGAGGUCAAUGUGUCGCAGCCCGGCGUCGUCGGUGGUGCCGGCAGCUCCAGCAGCUCCUCCGGCAGCAUGGCCCAGAUGAUGGGGUCCUCUUCGGCCGGCACUCUGGCCGGGGGUCGUGCCGGUGCCCAGGCCGGCGGCCAGAUGUCCCUCGAGAAUAUGACCGACGCGCAGAAGGCCCUCUUCCAGACCAUCAUGAGUGGCUUCGCCUCCAUCAAUGCCGCCCAGUCCAACCUCAGCAUCACCAAUGUCCUGCCGGCCACCGGCAGCGAUCCGGCCGCCCUGCAGUGGCGCCGCCAUGCUCUGGACCAGAACCGCCAGGAGGUCAGCUCGCAGCUGGCCGCGCACCUGGCCUCCACGGCUUCCAUCUGCACCCUGACCAAUGUCGAUGUCAACAAGAUCGACUAUCCCCAGGUGGGCACCUGCGUCGGGUCCAUCUCGUCCAACCUGACGGUCCUGACCAGUGGCUCCAAGAUGGUGGCCGCCCUGCUGGAUGACCCGAAUGCCAGUGAGGCCCUGCUGGACGCUUGCCGCCAGCUGUCCGAUGCCACUCAGCGCUUCUUCACCGCCAUGCAGCCGGUCAUGCUGACCGGCGAGAAGCGCCAGGACAUGCUGGGCGAGGCGCGCGCCGUGUCGGCCGCCGCCUCGGCCAUGCUCCAGGCCAUGGGCGAGCAGGAUGUCUCGCCCAGCGCGCAGUCGCUGCUGAAUGAGCUGGCCAAGGCCGUGGCCCUGGCCGUCUCCGAGGCUGCCCAGCACUCUUCCAAGAACAUCACCACCAAGUGCGAGAACCCGACCGAUCGCGCGGCCGUGGCCCAGGCCAUCCGUGAUUCGGUCCUGUCGGCCUCGCAGCUGGCCGUCACCACCAGCAUCGUGGCCCCGUCCAUCCACACGCAGCUCUGCCAGCAGGAGCUCAUCACCAAUGCCGAUCAGGUGGAGAAGUGUGUCAAUGCCCUGGUCAGCCGCGCUCGCCAGGCUUGCAAUGAUGGCCACGCCAAUGACCAGCUGGCCGGCAUGGCCGACCGCAUUCGCGAUGCCCUCAAGCGUCUGAUCGAGUGCGCUCGCCAUGGUGGCCAGGAUGCCGAGGAGAUGUCCGAGCUGGAGCGCCAGGCCGAGAUCAUCAUCAGCAACAUCCAGACCAUCAUCGACAAUCCGUCGGAUUCCGUGCGCAUGAUUUCCUCCAUCAAGACCCUGGUUGGUGCUUCGUCGAAGCUGAGCAACCUGCUCAAGCAGCAGGCCAUGGAGUCCAAUGACCCGGCCGAGCGUGAUCGCCUGCUGGAUGCCGCUCGCAACCUGGCCGGGCUGACCCAUGCCCUGGUGGAGGUCGGCCGUGAGGCUGCUCGUAACCCGAAUGACCCGCGCAUUCGCGAGAAUCUCCUGGCCGCCUCGCGCAACCUCCAGGCCGCCACUCGUGCUGCCCUGACCCUGGACCAGUCCCACCGCAAGGCCUUUGUUCGCCUGCUGGGCGCGGCCAAGUCCAAUGCCGCCACGCUGACCCAGCUGAUCAGCGCGGCCAAGGCCUGCUCGCCGUACAACCGCAACCAGGCUUCCCAGAUGCAGUUGAUCAAUGCCUCCAAGAAUGUGGCCGAUCGCACUGGCAACCUGGCCCUGGCCAUUCGCGAGUUCAGUGACAACCAGGAUGACCCGAGCUCGCAGCUGCGGCUGCUGGCUGCCUCCAAGGCCAUGCUGGCUCCGGGCGCCUCGUCGCUGGCCGCCGCGCGUGCUGCCUCGCAGACGGUCGGUGACCAGGCGGCCCAGGCCCGGCUGCUGAACAUCUCCCGCACGGCGGGCGACUCGCUGCGCCGCCUGAAGGAGGCCAUCGACAUGGCCGAGUCGCUGUCCGGCUCGCUGGAGCUGGAUUCGGCCAUCGAUUCGGUGCGCGCCUCGCAUGGUCUCAUCAAGCAGGCCCAGGAGAGCCACGCCGCUGGGACCCUGCAGCCGGGUCCGGACCAGUCGCUGGAGCUGUGCGAGCUGGAUGCCGUUGCCAACACCAAGGCCAUCGGCACCUCCCUGGCGCAGCUGUGCUCGGCCGCGGCCCAGGGCCACGAGAGCUACACCGGUGUGUCGGCUCGUGAUUCGGCCGCCGCCCUGCAGUCGCUGGCCAACGCCGUGACCGGUGUGGCCGCCUGCUGCACCGACCGUGAUGAUGGUCGUGCCUUGCUGGAGGCCGCUCGCGAGCUCCUUGCCCAGUCCGAGGCCCUCAUCCGCUCGUCCAAGACCUGUGUCGGGAGCAAGGGCGACCCGGAGGCCCAGCGCGAUCUGGCCCAGCAUGCGGCCGCUGUCAACCGCUGCAUGACCGCCCUGAUCGAGGCCCUGCCCGGCCAGCGUGAGAUCAACCGCUCGAUCGCCAGCAUGCGCGACCAGCUGCAGGGCUUCUCCGGUGCCACCCCGGCCCCGGUGGCCGGCGACACCUUCAUGACGGCCCAGUCGCGCCUGACCGCCUCGGCCGGUGCUCUGAAUGUCGCGGCGUCGGCUCUGGUCGGUGCGGCGCGCAGCUCGCCGCAGCAGCUCCAGGCCGCUGCCCAGCAGCUGGAGCAGGCCUUUGCCAGUCUGAUUGCCGCCGGUUCGGCCAUGCAGUCUCAGACCUCGGACCCGGCCGUGCGCGCCGAGCUGGACCAGUACAUGAACGACGUGUUCAACAGCGUUUCCUCGCUGCUCCAGUCGUCCAUGGCCUACAGCGCCGAUCCUUCCGGCAACAACCUGGCCAACCUGCUGAACCUGGCGGCCAAGGGCGUGGCCGACUCCAUCAGCAACCUGCUGAGCCUCGGUGCUUCCGGCGCUCCGGGUGUCAAGGAGGCCAACUCCGUCAUCCAGAAGCUGGAUUAUGCCGUGGCCAAGGUGGACACCGUCAACUCCACGGUUCCCGACACUUCGGACACCUACCACCAGUCGCUGCGUAAGCUGGCCGACUCGCAGACCGCCCUGCAGCAGUCCUUCGCCGCGGUGACGGCCUCCUCCCGGGGCGGUGUCAUCCAGUCGGAUGUCGGCACCCACAUCACCAAGAUGGGUGACUCCAUGCUGGAUGUCGUCGAUGCGGCCGUUCGUGCCCUGUACCUGAUCGGUGUGGCGGAUCCCGGCUCGACCGAGGCCCGUCGCCAGGUCAUCAGCGCCGAGCAGGUGUCCCUCUCGGUCAAGGAGGUGCAGAAUGCCUGCGGGCGCCUGCGCGACCCGGCCACCGUCGGUGCGGACAUCAUGGCCGCCGCCACGGCCAUCGCCCAGCAUACCUCGGCCCUGUGCAAUGCCUGCAAGGCCGCCUCGGUGGCCACCUCCGACCCGGAGGCCAAGCAGCAGUUCCUCGGCUCGGCCAAGGCCAUUGCCACGGCCACCGGUGCCCUGGUGGCCGACAUCAAGUCCCUGACCGCGCACCAGCACGACCCGGCUGCCCGUGUGGCGGUCGAGACGUCGGCUCGCCCGCUGGUCGAGGCCGUCCAGGCCCUGCAGACGCUGUCCUAUUCGCCGGAGUUCGCGGCCACCCCGGCCAAGGUUUCCCUCACCGGGCAGAACACCCAGGCCCCGCUGACCCACUCCAGCCGGGACUUUGUCAUCUCCUCCAAGGACACCGUGGAGGCCAUCAAGAAGCUGUGCCUGGACCCGACCGAUGUCACUCAGCAGGCCUUCAACGACCUGGCCAAGGCGGUUGGCGACCAGCUCCGUCGCCUGGUCAACCAGGCUUCCCAGAUGGCCCCGGGCCAGCUGGAGUGCAACGAGGCCAUCGACCAGGUGAACAUGGCUUCGGCCGAGAUCCAGGCGGCUUCGGUGAAUGCGGCCGUCGGCGAGCUCCAGCCCACCGACCCGACCAAGACCACCGACUCGGCGCAGUUGAGCCAGGUGCUGCUGAACAACUACCGCGCGGUGCUCAGCUCGGCCGAGCUGGUGGCUGCUUCCUCCAAGACCGGUCAUCACUUUGCCCAGGCGGUGGAGACCCUGUCGGAGAACUUCGAGCCCUUCGCCACGGCCACCAUCGACACGGCCGCCGCGGCCAGUGUCAAUGGCCUGGGCCAGGAUUACCAGGACCGUCUGCUGGAGGCGGCCAAGAACUUCAGCGAGGCCGUGGCCGCGCUGCUGUACCCGGUCAAGGCGGCCGGUGGCAAUCCCGACGCCACUGCCCAGCACAUGCGUGUCGACCAGCAGCUGGCUCGUCUGCAGGACGCCGGCAAGGAGCUGGUCCGCACCGUGGAGGGCGGCUCCGGUGGUGACUACGAGAUCAUCAAUGAUUCCAUCGCCACCGUGUCCGGCGCCAUGGAGCGUCUGGCGGUGCCGAUUGCGGCCGGCAGCCCGGACAGCCCGUCGGCCGCUGGCGGUGCCCACGCCGGCCGGCCGUACAACGAGCUGGCCGACGAGGUGAUUGCCGGGACUCGUGUGCUGGCGCAGCAGCUCGGUGAGCUGGCUCGUGCGCGUACCUCCGCCGAGGUGUCUCGCCUGGCCACCGACAUCGCCCACAGCUUCAACCUGCUGGCGGACACGGCCCACGCCGCGGCCGGGGCCACCAACGAGGCCGACGUGUCGACCAGCAUCCUGGAUGCCGUUCGUCUGCUUGGUGGGUCGAUGAUUCGCCUGCUGGAUUCGUCGAAGCUCGUGGCGGCCAACCCCAAUGACAUGCAGGCCCGCAGCAAGGCCGGCACCUCCAGUCGCGAGGCCACCACCAAUGUCUCGCGCCUGGUGGCCGCCGUCAAGACCGGGUCCAAGGGUGUGCAGGCUUGCGAGCAUGCGCUCUUCGUCAUCGACGACAUCCUGGCCGAUCUGGACACCACGCUGAUGUUCGCCUCUUCCGGCACUCUGGACCCGAUUGGCCAGUCGCAGCCCUUCGGCCAUUACAAGGAGCCCAUUGCCGGGGUGACUCGCGAGCUGGCCGGCAAUGUCAAGGCCCUGCUGGAGUCCAUUUCCCAGACCCAGGACCACCUGGCCGAGGCUUCGGGCAAUUCGGCCGACUCGAUGGCCACCCUGCGCGACCACAUCAAGAAUGCCGUCACGGCGGUUUCCUCGGCCGAUGUCAAGGCCCAGACCCAGCUGCUGGAGGCUUGCAUUGCGGUGGCCCAGCAGCUGAAGGACAACAUCGAGGCUUCGGUCCGGGCGACCAGCCGCCGUCCGGAGGACAUCGCCAACAUGCGUACCUCCACCAAGCGCAUGACCGAGACCAUCCAGAACCUCAUUUCCGCGGUGAAGCUGGUUGGCGACGAGUCGACUCGUGCCCUGCGCUCGUUGGACUCCUCGAUGGAUGCCGUGCGCGCGUCCAUCGCCCAGCUGCGCUCUGACGACCCGGUUCAGGGUACCGCCCUGCCGGAGGAUGUGGUUCUCUCGGCCAAGGCUGUCACCGCGGCCGCGGUGACCCUUGUGUCGGCCAGCACGGCCACCGGCCCGGCGGCUCAGGAUGACCUGAUCAAGGCUUCGACCGCCGCUCGCGUGGCUGUCGAUGACCUGCUGCGCGCUGGUAAGGCCGUGUCGGCCGAGGCGCCCGAGGACAAGCGCGCCCAGAUGCACAAUGCCUGUGCCAAGGGUGCGGAGUCCGUGCUGACGCUCUUCGACACGCUGAAGGCCGUGCUCGGGGCCUCGCGCUCCGGCGACCAGGUCACCACCAAUGCCAUGCGUGGCAAGCUGCAGAACAGUGCCAAGCAGGUGGCCGACUCCAUCAACCUGGUGGUCGGUGCCGCCGGGCACAUGGUUCCCACCGGCUAUGUGGACCCGAACGACCCGAAUGUCAUUGCCGAGCGCGAGCUCCUGGCCGCUGCUUCGGCCAUCGAGGCCGCUGCUCGCAAGCUGGCCGCCCUGCAGCCGGCCGAGGGCCCGCGCGCCGCCAACGAGGAUCUCCCCUUCGAGGAGCAGAUCGUCGAGGCUGCCAAGGCCAUUGCCAUGGCCACCAGUGCCCUGGUCCGCUCGGCCACCCACACCCAGCGUGAGAUCGUGGCCAACGAUCGCCAGACUUCCGUCCGUGCUGGUACCCCGUACCACAGCGACGGCACCUGGUCCGAUGGUCUGGUCUCGGCUGCCAAGGCCGUGGCCUCGGCCACCGGCGAGCUGUGCGAGGCCGCCAACGACAUGGUCCAGGGCAAGGCCGACCGUGCUCGGAUUAUUGCCACCUCGCGCGCGGUGUCCGGCUCGACCCAGCAGCUGCUCAGUGCGGCCACCGUCAAGUCCAGCAUCACCAGCCACGAGUCGCAGAACCGCCUGCGUGGUGCCGGUGCCCAGGUCUCCAAGGCCACCCGUGCCCUCAUCGAGGCCGCCGAGCAGAAUGCCGCUCUCGACACCAACCCGGCCGACGAGGUCAGCGAGCUCAUGGCCUCCGGCAUUGGCUCUCGCAAGGCUGAGAUCGAGCUCCAGAUGAAGAUGCUUCGCAUGGAGCAGGAGCUCGAGGAGGCCCGCCGCGCUCUGUCCAGCAUGCGUCGCCAGCGCUACGACAAGUAAGGGCGCACAUGUGGCCGGCUGUGUGCGCGCGUGUGUGUGUGUGUGAGCAGGCGAGUGGCGGAGGACGUCAUUUCUCCCCCCCCCCCCUCUCUCUCUCCCCCUCGGCCCAGCCCCCUCCCUUCCCCCCUCCCCUCCCUCUGGCCUUUUCUUGUUGUUGCGCGUGCGUGUGUGCGCUCGGGGACAGAGUGUGCCCCGGGUGCAUGUGCGCCUGCCCCUCCUCCUCCUCCUCCUCCCUCUCCCCUUCUGGGGGGGAUGUGUGCCCCCUUCUUCCUCCCUUCUUCGGCACGCUCCCGCUCUCUCUGCUUCUUCCUCGCCAUGUGUGUAUUGCGGAGGUGGAGGCAUGUGUGUGGGGCGGCCGUCGCGCUUUCCAGCCGCGCGGCAUCCGCCCCUCCCUUCUCCCCCCCGCCCCCCCCUCACCUUUCGCGCGUGUGAAUGUAUCGCCCUUUUGAUGUGCUAGCCAUAUUUCAAUAAAUCGGAUC